CGCGCGUUCUCGCGCGUUCAGCUUAGACGCAGCGCGGGAAAUUCGGAGGAUACGUGAAUCCCCAGCGCCAGUCGAGUCACCGGGACCAGAGCUCUCUCUUGCCCGUGUCGAUCGGCCUGAACUUCACUCAUCGGUCGCUGAAAUUGAGUUGAUUCAGCGGGACGGACGGACAGUAAACUAAAUGCAAAGGAGGAAAAAUGGACCCCGCUCUUGAAGCAGAAUUUCAUGAUGACUUUGAGGAUCUUUUUGCUGACGAAUUAGAUGCAUUGCGAGACAUCGAAGAAGAUGUAAAUCUUCAGGAGCAAUGGUCUUCUCGUCCCAAACCCGUUUCCCAGAAGCAGAAGAUAAGCCAGCCCCCGAAGAAAGACAUCUCACUUUCACAGCCCAAGAAUCUUGAUGAUGAUGCAUCCAGCAGACAUCAGCCAGUCUCUUCUACCGGAGAUGCCACACAGAAAAGUACAGGGGACAAAGGUGUGACUAAUCGCACUGCUAGGAAGAGAGACAUGUAUGAAAUGUUUGGUGUCAUGUCUGACGACGAGAGUGACAAUGAACUUGUGAUCGAUGCACCAUCCCCUGCUAAAGAUCCCAAUCCGAAGAGACCAAGAAAAACUCUCCUUGAUCAAUUCCUUGACAAUGUCUCUGAGAGACUCGGCCAAUCAAAGCCUCAUGAAGACGAGAUCACCCCACCCCCUACACCAAACAAAGAUGGAAUUGGUCCGUUGGGUCCCAAUCAUCCCCUUACCCCAUCCUCUAUUGGGUCACUGGGAGAUGAGAGAGCAGGUCAAAGGUCGAAUGUCAAGAGGUCGCUGAGAGUGUUUACAAGGCAACCAGAAGGCGAAUCGAUGAGGGUGACUGGAGUGGAUGGUAGGAGAGUUUUUCUCAAGAUGAAAGAGGAGUAUGAUCCUACGCAAGUUACCAAGAAGUUUGACUCGAAAUACGGAUCAAGCAACACUAAAGGUCUUUUGACUAUGUCUUAUGACCACCUCGUCAGACAAAUAGAAGAUGAGAAUAGGAGAAAGGUUAUUGAAGAGUCAUCUCGAGUGUCUGAAAAGUUAAGAAGAGAGCUUGCAAGAGAAUAUGAAGAUGAGGACCUCGAUGGAGAGAUCUCCGAAGGACAACUAGAAGAGGGUGAUGGGAAGGAUAACAAAGGAUUAUGGGUAGACAAAUACGCACCGAAGCACUAUGUCGAUCUCCUUAGUGAUGAUGGUGUGAAUCGGAACCUACUGUUCUGGUUGAAGCUUUGGGACCACGUGGUCUUUGGGAAGGAGGUGAAACAGAACAAGGCCAAGAACAAACAGGACAAAUGGAAAGGUGGAGGACCAGGACCUCAACAAAACAAAUUCAAGUCCAAAUUUGAGCAGCAACUAGAGGAUUUGGAAUUGGAUGAUCAGAACAGACCAAAGAUGAAGGUUGCCCUGCUCUGCGGGCCACCCGGACUGGGCAAGACAACCCUGGCCCAUAUCAUAGCAAGGCAUGCUGGCUACAAUGUUAUUGAAAUGAAUGCCAGUGAUGACCGUAGCUUAGAUGUCUUCAAGAAUCGUCUACUGUCGUCCAUUCAGAUGACCUCUGUAUUGACCCCUGACCAGAGGCCAAACUGCUUGGUCAUUGACGAGAUCGAUGGCGCACCCCAGGCUGCCAUCAACUGUCUGCUGUCCGUCAUUAAAGGAGGUAGUGAAUCAAACAAAGCCGAAGAAGGAGGUGGAGGCAAGAAACGGAAGAAGGGCCAGGGACCUCUCAAACGACCCAUCAUCUGUAUCUGUAAUGAUGUGUACGUCCCGGCCUUGAAGCAAUUACGACAGGUAGCCUAUGUCACUCACUUCCCUCCGACGGCUGCUGCAAGAUUAGCUCAGAGAAUGUAUGCGAUCUCUAAGCACAACCAUCUUCAGACUGAUCUAACAUCUUUGAUGGCUCUAUGUGAGAAGGCUGAUAAUGAUAUCAGAUCUUGUCUUAAUACCCUACAAUUUCUCCAGCAGCAGGGCAAGCCGGUAACUUUAGGGUUAGUCCAUUCCCUGAAUGUAGGCCAGAAAGACCAACAUAAGAGCCUAUACACUGUAUGGCAACAACUCUUCCAGUUACCCAAACCAAAGAAGAAGCAAUACACCAAUCCACAUGACCUGAAGCAAGGUCAAAGGUUAGGAGCCAUCUCUGAAUCGAUGCAGGGGCUUGACAGUGAUAUGACGUCUCUGACGGCUCGCUUCCAUCAUAUGCUGCACGUCAUACAGGCAUGUGGCGAACACGAGAAGCUUAUGCAAGGUGUCUUUGAGAACUAUCUUGAAGUCAAAUUCAAGGAUCCUCACAUGGAUGCUAUCAACAUGGCAUCUGAUUGGUUAACAUUUUCCGACAUUGUCCAGACGAGGAUAGCAAAGACUCAGAACUAUAUAUUUGGUCGAUUCCUGCCCUACGUGCCUCUCACAUUCCAUAUGUUGUUUGCUUGCGUUGCCUACACCAAGAUACGCUAUCCAAACUCGGUCUUUGAGAUCAAGACAAAGACGGAGCUGAUACAGAAUCUUAUUGAGACAAUGCGAUCUGAGAUCUGUCCUAGCAUCAGACGAGGAAUCAACCUGAAGCUGGCCGUCACUGAGCUUCUACCGCCUCUUCUUAUCAUCCUACAACCUGCCUUCAGACCGAUCAAUACCCAGCUGUUCAGUGCAGCUGAGAAGAAGCAACUAAGAGAGCUAGUGGAUACCAUGAUAGCAUACAACCUGACAUAUAGACAGGAGAGAAGUAUAGAAGGCACCUACAACUAUAACCUAGAUCCGAAUCUGGAGGUAGUGUUAAGGUUUUCAGACUCUCCUCCUGUUCGUCAGAUCACAUAUGCAGCCAAGCAGCUCAUAGCGAGAGAGAUUGAUUUGGAGAAGAUGAGAAGGGCAGCAGCAGUGAACGCUGAGAAAUCAGAAAAGCCAUCUUCAACUAAACCUGACCUUACAGCACAGACUAAGAAAGCAACUGUUGAAUCAUCAGUACCACGUCACAAACAGACACUUCAGCCUAAGAAGGUAGCUACAGAGGAAGAAGAUGAAAAGCCAUUGAGAGAUUUCUUUGGAAGGAUAAUUGAGAAGAAACCAGAACCAAACAAGACAGAAAUCGCAAGUAACGGUGACAAGGCUGAACCAGCCAAACCAGUAAAGAAGAAAACCAGGAAGCAAUUGUGGUACAGCUUCAAUACAGGUUAUUCCAAUGCAGUCCGAAAGACCAUAAAAAUACAAGAACUCUUAUGAGACUCGUGUAUGCUUGAGAUAUGAUUAUGACGAUGAUGAAGAUUAUGACAUUGAAUGAUGGAAAAGCAAUGCUGGUCAAAAAGAAAUCCAAGAUAUCGUUUUGGUAAAGCUAUGAUGCUAGUUGCUCCAGUGCUGUUCGGAGUCCUUCAAAGUUCAAGAACUCUAUAGACACAAGUAUGAUGAUGAUGUCGAUAAUGGUGAUGAUGAAGGCGAUGGUCAAAAAAGAAAUCCAGGACAUAGUUGUGGUAUAGCUUUUACACUAGCUUUUCAAGUGCUGUUCAGACACCAUUGUGAUGAUGAUGAUAGCAAUGAUGGAGAUGAGUUAAUGAUUGAUGAACAAGCAGUAACGGUUAAGGAGAAUGU